AUGUGGAUGGUCCUAUCUUCCUCUCAAACUCAAAUUCACAAUUCAAUUACAACACAAACCCGUUGGCAUCAUCUUGAAUCGAAACCCAGGACAAGAAGAAUCAAGUUCCCUUUCAAACUAAAAUGCCAACAACAAGAACACCAACUAUCCAAUUCCUCACUCAAACCCAAAACCCAAGACGAUGGAAUCCCAACAGAAGACAUAAAAACCCUAGCGAAAUUCAAAUCGAGACACAACUACAUCCGUGUUCUAGAAGUUUCCAGAAAAGCCGACCACCCAUUCCGCGGCUCCAGACUUCUCCUUCUCGACAACCCCGGAAACAUCCACAGCAUUUCCUUCCUUUUCAAAACCCUAACCAACACCUACUUCGACGUCUUCGCCACAAUCCCUCCGAUCAUACCUAGUGGACCCAUCGCCGUACUCGGCUUCGGCGCUGGCUCCACCGCCCGCAUCCUCCUUAACCUUUACCCGGAUACAAUCAUUCACGGCUGGGAACUUGAUCCCUCUGUGAUUGACGUUGCUAGAGAAUAUUUCAAUCUUUCAAAAAUUGAGAGAGAAAACAAAGAGAGACUUUUUGUUUACGUGGGAAAUGCAUUGACUGCGAGUUUGAAAGGAGGGUUUUCGGGGAUUUUGGUGGAUUUGUUCUCGAACGGGAGUGUGAUACCGGAGCUUCAGGAGGCUGCUACAUGGGAGAAGCUAAGGAGGAGUUUGAGGAAAGGUGGGAGGAUAAUGGUGAAUGUUGGAGGGAGUUGUGUGGAGGCUGAGGAUAAGUUUAGAGAUGGGAACGUUGUGAAGGAAGAAACGUUGAAGGCUAUGAGAAUGGUUUUUGGAGAGAAGCUUUUUGUUCUCACACUUGGGAACCGUGGAGAGGAUAGUUCUCUUGCUCUUACAGGAGAUUCUCCUGAAAUUGAUGUAUGGAAGAAUAAGCUUCCAUCUUCUUUGAGGUGUUACGCUGGUUCAUGGAAGCCAUAUUCUGGUUAG